AAGGACAAGAGAAAUGAGCGGGAAGGCAGAAAGGAGGUGCUCGGAACGGUCACCACACUGGGCGCCCGCAAGAGAGAGGGCGCUGAAGGUGUCUUGUUGUCGGAGUGUCUGUUUGCUGUACUCGGUCCUUUGCCUGGCGUCUCUGCCGACCCCCACCAAGUCUGAUAACCCUCGCUGCGGGACUGAACUAAUGUCUGAUCUGCUGUUUGUGUGUGGAGACAGAGGCUUCCAUAUCGGUAAGCCCGCCGGGUUUCGGAGUCGUUACCGGCUACGGGAGCAUCGCAUCGUGGACCAGUGCUGCCUGAAGGGCUGCAGUUUGAACUACAUGGAGACGUACUGCGCCAAGCCCAGGAGCCGUCGCUACGUCGCUCCCUCGCCCCAGCAAGUCACGGAGCAGCAGUUUCACACCGUAUUUCACAGGAGGUUAGUGAAACACCUGGAAACGGCCAAAGGGCCACACGGACAAACGCACGAAAGAGUCGAAAAUAACAACCCGCACGAGAGACGGCACAGAAGUUCAAAGCCUGCUGGCAGACACAGAGAACAUCCCACCACCAGCUCCCCGACACUCUAGGAAUCCUAUUUAAGGACAGUCAUCAUGAACUGGGAGAAAUAAAAGAAAGCGUUUGUGUCUAACUACCAUAUUCAAGCUGAAGUUGAAAUGUUGAUAUCUGUCAUUUAAACCGUGACAGGGCCAAACUUCACCCCAUGUACUUUAUCUCUACCAAGUAGGGAGACUAGCUGUAAGAGACUUGAGUAUCUGCACAUCUUGUCUAUUGCAUCGUUUUUUACAUUAUAUACUACUGUUGUGUACCUAAUAGGGAGGUUACCUUCUUGCUUAAGUAAGUUUGAGGUAUGCAUGCCAGUGUAGAUAUAUAACUUCACCAUCUGUUUUCAAAUUACUACACUUAAGGUAUCUUGCCGAAAGAAGCAUGUGUGAGAACAAAAUAUUUAUUACUUUUUAUAUUUGCUUUUAAAAUUGUAUGUUCGAUGAGCGUCUAGUGCAAUGUGUUUGUGGCUACAAGCUGGCGACAUGAGAAUUCUGUGUUCCAUUAUUUUGAUGUAUCACGUGAAACCUUGACAAGUACAA